AUGAGUAGAAUUCUUCGCUAUUUCUUGACUUCCAAUCUCCAUUUCAGAGAUCCAACUAUAGCUACUUAUAGCUCAGCUCACAAGCUUCACACCCCUGCUAGAAGAAUUUCAAGACUCUAUAUCCAUGCUUGUAAACAUUGGAGUCAAAGAAAGCAAGAAACUGUCGCCAGAAACACAGUCUCUGGUCUCAUUUUAGCUGCUAAAUCUUGCGGAAAUGAUGUUCCAAGAUUGACAUUCUGGUUAUCAAACAUAAUUGCUCUGAGAGAGACCACUUCACAUGCAUUCACACAAACCUCUGAAUCAAAUGGGAGUGAAACCUUCACUGCAUCAUUAGAGAAAGUUGAGUUCUGGUUGUUCUCUAGAAUAGUUGAAUCUAUUUGGUGGCAGAUCUUCACACCUCACAUGCAAUCCUCCGAAAAUGGCGAUAAAACGAAUGAGAAAGGAAGCUUUUCAAUUAGCCUAUGGCAAAAUGCUUUCAAAGUUGCACUAUCAAGGCUCUCUCCUAUGAGAGGAGAAGGACAUGAGUGUGGUUGCUUACCUAUUUUGUCUAAAAUGGUAAUGGAGAAGUGUAUAGCUAGAGUUGAUGUAGCCAUGUUCAACGCUAUACUACGCGAAUCAGAACACCAGAUUCCCACUGAUCCUGUCUCUGAUCCUAUUAUAGAUUCCAAAGUUCUGCCUAUCCUUGCUGGAGACUUAAGCUUUGGAUCCGGUGCACAGCUUAAAAACGCGAUUGGUAACUGGUGUAGAUGCCUCUCUGAAGUGUUGGACAUGAACACUAUAGACUCUGUAGAAGAAGAUGAGACAUAUUUCAGUUUAUUAAACGAACUCAGUGAUCUACUUAUGCUCCCUAAAGACAUGCUUAUUGACUUAUCCAUUAGAGAAGAGUUCUGUCCUGAUCAUGUCCCUGGAUCUGUCCUAGAAGAACUUAACGCCGAGAGCAUUUCAGAGCAGAAGUUAUCAGGAGUUAGCUUCCCUUAUGCAGCUUCUCCCAUUUCAUACAUUCCUCCAUCAUCAACUAAUGUGGCAGAGAAAAUCGCAGAGGUAGGAGGAGACGUCUCUAGGAUGUCCAGGAAUGCGUCUAUGAUACAAAGAAAAGGAUACACGAGCGACGAGGAGCUUGAUGAGCUGGAUUCUCCUCUUACAUUUGUUAUUGAAAAAGUGUCUGCAUCACUUAGUUCAGGACACACUGGGAAGGUGAAGCAGAAAGAUGAGCAAGUAGGUGAAGUGGUAGCGAAUGUAAGAUAUGAGCUUCUUAGGGAAGUGUGGUCUAUGUGA